UCCCUACAGGAGUCUGGUGCUUUAGCGAAUUGUUUUUUAUAAACGAACCACAGGAUGUAACUGUCACAAGAAAGGACUCAGUCAUUUUAGAUUGCCAUGCUCAUGGAGAUGUCCCUAUUAAGGUCACGUGGUUGAAAAAUGGAGCAAAAGUGUCUGAAAAUAAACGGAUCCAAGUUCUGUCUAAUGGCUCCUUAUACAUCAGUGAGGUGGAAAGCAAACGAGGAGAGCAGUCUGAUGAAGGAUUUUAUCAGUGUCUGGCAAUGAACAAAUAUGGAGCCAUUCUUAGUCAGAAAGCUCAUCUUACCUUAUCAACUAUUUCCGCAUUUGAAGUUCAGCCAGUUUCCACUGAGGUCCAUGAAGGUGGAGUUGCUAGAUUUGCAUGCAAGAUUUCAUCAAACCCUUCUGCAGUCAUAACAUGGGAAUUAAAUCGGACAACUCUACCUAUAGCUGUGGAUAGGAUAACUGCUCUACCAACAGGAGUGUUGCAGAUCUAUGAUGUUGGCCAAAAGGAUGCUGGGAAUUACCGCUGUGUUGCUGCUACGGUGUCCCAUAGACGUAAAAGUAUGGAGGCCUCGCUAACGGUGAUUCCAGCUAAGGAGUCUAAUCCCUUCCACCCACCAGCCAUUAUAGCAGGUCCACAAAACAUAACCACCUCUCUUCACCAGACCGUCGUUUUGGAAUGCAUGGCCACAGGAAAUCCCAAACCAAUCAUUUCUUGGAGCCGUCUUGAUCACAAGUCCAUUGAUGUCUUUAACACUCGGGUGCUUGGAAAUGGUAACCUCAUGAUAUCUGAUGUCAGGCUACAACACGCUGGAGUAUAUGUUUGUCGGGCCACUACCCCAGGCACACGGAACUUCACAGUUGCUAUGGCAGCUUUAACUGUAUUAGCUCCUCCUUCAUUUGUUGAGUGGCCGGAAAGUUUGACAAGGCCUCGAGCUGGCACUGCUCGAUUUGUAUGUCAGGCAGAAGGAAUCCCCUCACCCAAAAUGUCGUGGUUGAAAAAUGGAAGGAAGAUCCAUUCAAAUGGCAGAAUUAAAAUGUACAACAGUAAAUUGGUAAUUAACCAGAUUAUUCCUGAAGAUGAUGCUAUUUAUCAGUGCGUGGCUGAGAACAGCCAGGGAUCUGUUUUAUCUCGAGCUAGACUGACCGUAGUGAUGUCAGAAGACAGACCCAGUGCACCCUACAAUGUGCACGCUGAAACCAUGUCCAGCUCGGCCAUCCUUUUAGCUUGGGAAAGGCCGCUUUAUAACUCAGACAAAGUCAUCGCUUACUCCGUGCACUACAUGAAGGCCGAAGGUUUAAAUAAUGAGGAGUACCAAGUAGUCAUCGGAAAUGACACGACUCAUUAUAUUAUUGAUGACUUAGAACCUGCGAGCAAUUAUACUUUCUACAUUGUGGCGUAUAUGCCAAUGGGAGCCAGCCAGAUGUCUGACCAGGUGACACAGAAUACUCUAGAGAACGUUCCCCUGCGACCGCCUGAGAUAAGUCUGACUAGUCGAAGCCCCACAGACAUCCUUAUCUCCUGGCUGCCAAUCCCAGCCAAGUAUCGACGGGGCCAGGUGGUGCUGUAUCGCCUGUCCUUCCGCCUAAGCACUGAGAGCGCCAUCCAAGUCCUCGAGCUCCCAGGGACCAUGCACGAGUAUCUUUUGGAGGGUCUGAAACCUGACAGCAUCUACCUGGUCCGCAUUAGUGCUGCCACCAGGGUGGGGCUGGGAGAGGCCUCAGUGUGGACCUCGCACAGGACACCCAAAGCUACAAGUGUGAGAGCCCCGAAGUCUCCAGAGUUACAUUUGGAGCCUCUGAACUGUACGACCAUCUCUGUGAAGUGGCAGCAAGGUGCUGAGGACACAGCAGCCAUUCAGGGCUACAAGCUCUUCUACAAAGAGGAAGGGCAGCAGGAGCACGGGCCUGUGUUGUUGGAUGCCAGCCACCUUCUCUAUACUCUCAGGGGCUUAGACCCCAGAAGAAAGUAUCACGUGAGGCUGCUGGCUUACAGCAACGUAGAAGAUGGCUACCAGGCUGAUCAAACAGUCAGCACGCCAGGAUGUGUGUCUGUUCGUGAUCGCAUGGUCCCUCCACCGCCGCCGCCCCACCACCUCUACGCCAAGGCUAACACCUCCUCCUCCAUCUUCCUACACUGGAGGAGGCCUGCCUUCACCACCGCACAGAUGAUUAACUACACCAUCCGCUGUAACCCCGUCGGCCUGCAGAACGCGUCUCUGGUCCUGUACCUUCAGACGUCGGAAACUCACAUGUUGGUUCAAGGUCUAGAACCCAACACAAAGUAUGAGCUUGCUGUUCGACUGCAUGUGGACCAGCUCGCCAGCCCCUGGAGUCCCGUCGUGUACCAUUCGACGCUUCCAGAAGCACCAGCAGGCCCUCCAGUUGGAGUAAAAGUGACGUUGAUAGAAGAUGACACUGCGCUGGUUUCUUGGAAACCCCCCGACGGCCCAGAGACGGUUGUGACGCGCUACACGAUCUUGUACGCAUCCAGGAAGGCCUGGAUUGCGGGAGAGUGGCAGGUCCUACACCGAGAAGGGGCAAUAACCAUGGCUUUGCUAGAAAACCUGGUGGCAGGAAAUGUGUAUAUUGUCAAGAUAUCUGCAUCCAAUGAGGUGGGAGAAGGACCCUUUUCAAAUUCUGUGGAGCUGGCUGUUCUUCCAAAGGAAGCUUCUGGAUCAAAUCAAAGGCCCAAGCGUUUAGAUUCCGCUGAUGCCAGAGCUUAUCCGGGCUAUUACCAUCUGGACCAAAAAUCAGCGACUGGCAUUGCUGUCGGUGUUGGCAUAGCGUUGACCUGCAUCCUCAUCUGUGUUCUCAUCUUGAUCUACCGAAGUAAAGCCAGGAAAUCGUCUGCUUCCAAGACUGCACAGAAUGGAACUCAGCAGUUACCUCGUAUUGGUGCUGGCGAAGUGGGAAAGAGCUUGGAAGGAGCUGUAGAGAGUGAAGACUCCUCAGUGCCCAUGGUAGCGCCCAGCAGCUUCAUUGAUGCAAAGGGAGGAACUGAUCUGAUAAUUAAUAGCUAUGGCCCUAUAAUUAAAAACAACUCUAAGAAAAAGUGGCUUUUUUUCCAAGACUCUAAGAAGAUGAAAGUUGAGCAGCCUCAAAGAAGAUUUUCUCCAGCUGUCUGCUUUUACCAGCCAGGUACUACUGUGUUAAUCAGUGACGAAGACUCUUCCGGCCGCCCCAGUCAGACCACCAGCUUCCCCAGGCCCUUCGGUGCUGCGGCUGAUACUGAGCACUCAGCCAAUAGUGAAGGCAGUCACGAGACUGGGGAUUCUGGAAGGUUUUCCCACGAGUCCAAUGAUGAGAUACACCUGUCCUCAGUCAUGAGUUCCACACCCCCGACCUCUCAUCCCUUCCCUGGCAGCGAUUCAGGUGGGGGUCCCGCAGUGAGCCGGUGUGAAGAGCCUGCAGGGCCCUCAGGGGCCGAGCCGACUUCCUCUGCAGUCCCCCAGCCACCGUCCACCACGCUGUGCUUUCAUAGAAAUGAGUUUCCCAUCUAGACAGCCACGUUCAGGUAUUGUCACCUGUGAGUCUGUUCGAAGGACAAUGAACAGGGAACCAAAGCCUUUGGUGAAAAUCUUGAUGUCUUACUGGGUAUUUCAGACUUUAUUGAAUGUGUUUUUUUUUUUUUUUAACUCACAUAUUUUGAAUGUUUCAUUGUCAGCAAUGUGAAUGGACAGUCAGGAUCUCUGACUGGAUUAUAAAAUAUGUCACUGGAGCAAAGGGAAGACUUUGGAAAGCCCCUUUGCUGACCGUCUACCUCAGUUUGCCAAAUGGCAGACCCUGAAGACAACAUUGUUACCUCGUUUGUUGGUUUGGUGUGUCUCAGCUACGUAACCGAUGAUACUUCCUAGUAGCGUUUUGUUUUCAUUGCUGUAUGUGUAAUACGUAAUGCGUUUGAUCAGAGGAGUCAUAUAGGUAGAUGAGGACGAAUGUUUAUCUGAAGCUCUGAUUUUUUAAAAAGAACCUGUGACACCUGCAUGGUUCGGACGGUGUAACUCCUCUGACUGUGAGGACUGUAAACCACGGAGGAGAGAGAAAGUGGGACUGAUAUUGCUAAAAGCCCUUUAUGUUUUG